AUGUCCGAGCUGAAAGGCGCAUUUACAGCGCUCCGUAUCGAACUGAACGGCCCCGGCCGGUUCUCGGAUCUAGGAAACACCAUGAACAACGACUUCAACAUGAUCACAACAGUCCUGAAGGAACUAAAAUCCAAGUCAGAAGAGAUCGAAAAGCUAAAGCUAGAAAUCGAGGCAUUGAAACUCAAAAACCGCUACAUGGAAGAACAGAACACAAAACAGCAACAGCAAACCUCAACCAUAGCGAUUCCCGGCCCACUCCCAGAAGUCCGCAGCCCAGGAUUGCUUCAAGCAGGCAGGAAGCGUCCAUGGCCGGACUCCUGGCCCAGCGGCCGCACGCAACCGAUCGCCGACUCAUUCGACGAUGGUGACGAAGAAGAUAGCAUCGACUUCUCUCUGGAAGACCCACAUAUGCCCCCAGUCAGGAUCCCUUUAAAGGGGCCCGAGACCGACGCAAUGAUGGACACACCGCAUGAGCCAACAGCGCCAGGAUCUCCGAACUUCCGAGUCCAAGUCAAUCAGUCAAGACACCAAAGUCCGCAAUGGGGUACCCCGGAACUCCGCGCCAGCGUAGAACAACAUACUAUGUCCAAACGUCCCCGUAUAUCUCAGGCUCCUGAGAAGCCACCAUCCGGGGGGGAGUCGGACAAAAGAAGGCCAGGACGGCCACGCAAAUCCAUAAGCCAAGCCCCGAAGCCGGAUUUCUCUCAGACUCAGACCCCGAGACCAACGCCGUUAAGUGAGCAAAACCUCAACGUCAGUAGCAGCGGUCAGAAAGAGAACGCACCCCCCAGCACCAGUCCCAGCCAACGCCAAAACGGAGCUGAAACCCGUCCGGGUCGUUCCCGAAGUUUGCGCAGUCGGUCGCGGCCGCCAACCCGGCAUUCAACGGGUCUUAAUAAUAGCUUUUCUGAGCAGGACCAGACACAGACAUUGGCGAGUAGCCAAAGGGAAACUCCGCGCGGUGCAGAUGAUCCGGUGUCUUUUGAUCAAGAGACAGGGUCAGGGAAGGAAAACCCGCCGGGAAAGAACAAUGGUGCUCAUACUGAUGAUUGGAAUAAACGUGAAGCGCAAGAAAAACGAAAGGCACAGGUUGCCGCACGCGAUAUGAUGGCACGCUUAGCCAUGCAGCGCGAAGAGGCCAUGGAAACGGAGGCCCGCUGA